AUGGCGAAUCAAUUGUCUGAGUAUGAAAUUCAGCGAUUUCACAACAUAAAAAAGAACCACGAGUACAUGAAAAGUCUAGGUGAGUAUUUUAUAACUAAUAUUUCCUUGCCAAAGACAUUAGUGUUGAUGUUUCUUAAGCCCCGUUUACACCAAUAAACUGUUCAGUUUGAAACGUACAUCAUCUUUGAUGUAAAUGGAGCAUUUAUGAAUUAUCAUGAUUUUGGCAACUGCUAUGAUUGCCUGCUUGAAAAAAACAUUUGGCCCAAUUUAUGCAAUUUGGAACUUCCUGUCAAAACCUUUACGAACAGAAUACCUCGAGUGACUAUACUACUCUCUUGAACAAAAUAUCUCUCCCUGAAUAUCAUACUCUCUUGGAAAAUUGAUUUGAUUGAGCAGUUAAUCAGCCUUAAACAUCAGUAUCUACUUCCCCUUAGAAAGUCACUCCUUUCCUCAAUUUUGAAGAUGUAAAUUUCUGCCUUGAUGCAGCUUUUUUACUGAUUUAACUACCUCCCAACCUAAGAAUCUAACUAUUCAUUUUGCAUAUUUACGAGUCGCUCUUCGUUCUAAGGACUUCCUGUUCCUGUAGUUCCAGCUGGGCUCCAAGGUCGUCCUCGUAGAACGCCGGUAAAAAAGAGUAAAACACUAUAUUUCGGCCAAGAUGGGGAGAGUUCAAAUGAGAGUAGUGAUGACAGUGAUGAAGAUUGGGUUCCAGGGUCAGAAGAAGUCAUACGAAGAAAUAAAAUGAUAAAAAGGUUUAUCCCAGGUAAAUUUUUUCCUAUGUAAAUAUGUAAAUUAACCGGUUGAUUAUAACUGUAAAAUGUAGCGUUUUUGACGACUGGCUGUUGCUUGUGUCGGCGAAAAUCGCUAGGUGUGUCUGUUGCAGCAAUAGUGAUUUCUGGCGAUUUCUACCAAUUUCUGCCGAUCGCCGAUAUCUGACAUGUCAGAUAUUGACGAUUUUUGCUGGCGAUAAAAUUCGCCACCUUAGGCGAAUCUUAAAUCGCCAGGUGUGUCACCGGUCCAAGCAACCCUGGGAUUUCAUACAUUUGUAUCAGUGACCGGAGAAUUCUACAGCCACCCCGCAGAAUUUUGCAGCUAAAUUUUAGUGGCCUGGCAAUUUGUUCACACGUGGAGAAUUUUCACUCAUUUUUAACAGUAAUUUCGGCUUCUUCAUUUCUUAAUGAGAACCCUGGCAACUGGAGCAACAUAAUAAGUACAGGUUACUAUACUGAUUCACUUCAUUUAUCAGCACAUUCUUUUACUUCAAUUGAAUUAUUUAGUAAGGACUUAUACUUUUUUAAUCACUGCAGAUUUUCGACCAAAACCUCAAACAGUGCCUGUUCAACAAGGACAGAUGGAAAUAAAAGUGGUAAUGAUAGAGUUGUUGCUUAGACUGUUAAAGAUUUGCUCAAAAAAAGGCACUUCCGUCGCUUACUUAAGAGGACAAAUUUGCUCUAAAAACCGUGUCGUUUUUACAUCCAUCAAAGUAGAUUAAGUCCAGCACAUCACCGCACUGGCCGCAUUUGAGAUCUAAAAGAUUAAAAUAAAUUUUUAGAAAUUGUCUUCAAUGUGCAAAAAAUUCGACCGAGGACGCCGUCAUUUUUAUUCUUGUUUAGCAACGUGGCCACUAUGCAUGAUUUUAAAAAAAGUCUUGCUCCUCUUUCUUCAAUCUCUUGGUGAUCUAUUUGCACAAAAAGGAGGUACACAAAAGGCAUUCGGCGUGACGAUAAUGAUUUUUUGGCCAUAACCCGAGAGACAACUAUUUGUGAACUACGCAUCGUGUUUUUGUGCUGAACUACGCAUCGUCUAUUUUUUUGUCUUGGUUUUUUUUUAGGGAUUAAAUCAUUCUAUUUUUUUUUCUCUUGGUUUUGAAGAGACUUGUCUUAUCCCCCAUAAAAACGUUAAGCCUAGGCUGUUUAUAAUUAAUCAACUGACAAUAUUUCAGAGAAUGAGAGAAUGUUAACUUUGAAAAAAUAUUCCGAGAAGAUAGGUCAUCAUUUGCAGAGAAGAAAAUACUAGAACUUUCAAGACUUAAUUCUACUGUGCGAUUUGAAAUUUUACACUUCUCCGAGAAAUUUAGGCUCAAUUCCAAACGACGAAUACAAGAAAUACUUGCGAAUAGCGAGAUCCCUAUAUGAAAAGUCACAUGAAUUCGAUUACGUUAUACAACAAAAGAUAUGGUAUAUGUCGCGGGCAAAAUCCUGUUCAACAGAGAGUAAAUGUACGCACAACUCAAGUACUGUUCUCUAGUUUUGUCUACUUGUUUGAUUGAUUGUUUGUUUCUUUCAAAAUAACUACAGGUGGAAGACGAACAGAGUUGCCCCAAUGAAUUUGAGGAAUUAGCUAGGUUAGGGGAAGAGGUAGAUUCAAUCCCUGACGAAAGUACAGUGAUUUCUUUAAAGCAAGUUAAGGAAACGCUAAAGAAAAUCAAAAGAGCCCAGCCUCCUAAGAAGCGAAUACAGUAUGCAACACGAGGGAUGAGGCACUCGUACUGCGAGGCUGAAGUUCCAGACGAUGACCAUUAUAUCUGUAAGUUGAACUACAGUAUUUGGUCAGUUUUGCUGAUGGUUUAUAACUUGAAGUGAUUCCUCAGAAAAAAAACGUUAUCAAACAGUUUUUCUUAUCUUUCCUUAAAUGUCCCCUACCGUGGUCUGUUUCAAAAAAGAUAGGUCACCGUCCUUGUUUAAAAGAUAUGAUGACCAAAACGUACCCUAUUAAUGCCUACCUUUGCGGUAGCUAAAAGCAAGGGGUUUUAAAAUGACAUUUGGAAAAAACUUAAUAGGUAGAAAGUCCCGGGCACACGGAAAAAUUUGAUGUGUAAUUGUGCAAAAAUCACUUAAUUUGAACGACAUCGACUCAAAACGUUAAUCGAGUCGGUGCUCCAGUUCAAGGUUAUGAUUUGCAUCAUCGAGUAACGGACUUCGCGCACGCCUUCAGCUAUUUCUUUUCGUCGCUUUUUUUUUUUAAUUUUUUAUUUCUCUAAUUUAAAGGGGAUGAUACGAAAUCUAAAGUUAUACAUGAAAUGAAAAAUAUAGGUCACCGCGCUCGUUCAAGAGAUGAAGACCAACGUUCCUCUUUACCUCGUCAAUCGAUUGAAAAACAAUACCGUGUUCUCGGAAUGCGCGCGUGCUUAUUUGCAUGAUUACAUAAUUUUUAUGCGCAGUACAUGAUUCACAAUGCAAUACUGAGUAAUCACAUUGGCCCAGUUGUAAAGAGACCGGAUAAUCGCUAUCCGGCGGAUAGGUGAUUAUUAAACAUAUAGCGUUGUCCACCGCAUAGCGAUUUAUCCAUUGAAUAGCAUUAUUCAACUUUCGAUUAACCGAGGGCUUAGGUACAAAAUGCACUUCACACGACCGGCUUUGAAUUAAACUUAAAUAUAUGUUUCCGAAAAGAUUUUUACCUCUCCGUCGCCAUUGAGACAAAUUAGUCUUUGUGUCUUUCUGGGAAGACAAACGAUUUGAGCAAAAUGAUGUUUGGUUAAGAAGAAAGGUGAUACACAUUGUGAGCGUGUGGUGUUGACCCUUGUAAGAUUUGGGUCUCCUUUUCGUAACAUAUUCGAUAUUUAUUCUCAAAAAGAACUUUCCUAUGUGUUAACUCGAUUUUUUCACUCUAUUUAGUUUGCGAAGAAUGUCAAGACCUUCAUUAUGGUGACUGUCCAGUACAUGGGCCUUUGCAAAUCAUAGCUGACAGGAAUACAACAGAAAAUUCAAAUUUAUCGCCUGCAGUCUCCUCACUACCAGUUGUUCUUAAAAUAAAGAGUUCGUCAAUUCCUGGAGCCGGUUUAGGUGUUUUCAGUACUACUGAUAUUUCGAAGGGAGUACGAUUCGGUCCAUACAAAGGGAAGAAGAUAGGAUGGGAGAACAUAACUGAUGAGACGAACACGUGUUACAUGUGGGAGGUAAAGUGAUAUUCUUCUGAAUAUUUUAGCAAUUUUUUUCAUCUUUCGAUUGAUAAUCAGAUGUUAGAUAUCUGUUCAAAAGCGGAAAACAUGCAGAGUUAUAGAGCACUCUAAAGCUAAAGCCAAGAAUGGAUAGACGGAAAUAUUUGACAAAUAUUCAGCAAAGUUGAGGUAGCUAGUGGUGGAUAUUCAUCUCGCCGCUUCGCCGCUGGGUAAAUAUCCACCAAUAGCUACUGUCACUGAGAUAAAUAGUUGUUUCAGUGCAGACUAAAACAGAGAGAUAUUACAACACGAAAAGAUGAUUUAGCUCAUUUAUUCCUGGACCGAUUAGAACGUUUUGGGCGAGUUUUUCUCGUGUGCGAUUGGUCUUAACGCAUUACAUGGCCGAAUAUUCCAGCUAACACUGAGGGAUGUUCGAGGAUAUACCACAAGUGUUGUUUUUCCAAUUUUCAAUAUUUUAGUCCAUUGCAGAAAAUUCUACGUUUGAAAUAGACUUCCAAAUAAGACAGCGUUGUCUGGUUGUUGAAGAAGACGAAAAAAGGUAAUUUUUAGCGCACAAAAUCGUACCAGAGAACUCUGAAAAGUGAACAUCCCAUGCCGUAGACGGUAAGCAGUUCGCUAACAUUUUUCCCGCGAAUUUCAAAAUAUUUGAAGCAUAGUAAACAUAAUAGCCUCCAUUUGGCGCUAAAAUUAGCUCGUAUAGUUGUCCUUGGACAUAAUCUGUUCCUCGAAGCCCACGGUUUUCCUGGAGCUUCGCUCUUGGAAAACUGUUCGCAUAUCGGAACAGAUAAUGUCCGCGGACAAAUAUCCGUGCGUAAGGAAACGGAUUCUAUUAUAUUUUUGCAGAUUGUGAAAAGUGGUAAGUUUAGUCAUUUCGUGGAUGGACACGAAGAAAGUCAAAGCAACUGGAUGCGGUUUGUAAAUUGCUCUCGCUGCGAGGAUGAGCAGAAUAUAGUGGCUUUUCAGUUUAGAGGCGAGAUUUACUACCGUACUUACAAAUCAAUCAAUCCAGGUGAAGAACUGUUAGUGUGGUAUGGAGAGAGCUACGCCAGAGAUCUGGGGAUAUCGCUUGUUGAUGAUCCGGAUCGAGGCAGUAAAAAAAGUAUGUUAAAGAAAUGACUAUUUGAUUAGAAAAAAACAAUUACUACCAGUGCGAUUCCAAGAGUAAAUUUAUAGGGAGUUCCAAAAUUUACGUUUUCGCACAUGCACAUCGGAAAACUUUAGCCUCGAUAACGAAAUGGAAAGAAAGGAAAAGCUACGAUGGCCAGGCUUGGCAGCAUGCACAUAAAUUAUACACCUAAAUUUAUUUUGAUAUUUUUUUUCUAGGUGUUAUCGAUCCAUGUGAUGGUUGUGGAAAGAUGUUUACCUCCAUAAACUUUCUCCUUAGACACAAGAAAUAUUACUGUUCAACAAGAACAGACAUAAAAAUCUGGCAAUGUACUAUUUGUAAGAAGAAAUUUACGUCAUUGGAUCAUUUUAACAGCCAUAUAAGUUUUCACGCUAAUGAGCAGCAAAAUUCGUCUAAUACGUCAUUUCCUAAAAACAAGUACCUUUGGCCCGACGAAGGUAAAUGUUCACACAAGUGUACAGAAAGUGGAAAGUCGUUUACCCAGCCUGAUAGCCUGACCAGGCACCUCCGUACUCACAUGGGUGAAAAGCCAUAUCAGUGUACACAAUGUGGAAAGUCGUUUACCCGGCCUGGUAGCCUGACCAUGCACCUCCGUACUCACACGGGUGAAAAGCCAUAUCAGUGUACACAAUGUGGAAAGUCGUUUACCCAGCCUGGUAGCCUGACCAUGCACCUCCGUACUCACACGGGUGAAAAGCCAUAUCAGUGUACACAAUGUGGAAAGUCGUUUAACCACUCUGGUAGCCUGACCAUGCACCUCCGUACUCACACGGGUGAAAAGCCAUAUCAGUGUACACAAUGUGGAAAGUCGUUUAACCACUCUGGUAGCCUGACCAUACACCUCCGUACUCACACGGGUGAAAAGCCAUAUCAGUGUACACAAUGUGGAAAGUCGUUUAACCACUCUGGUAGCCUGACCAUGCACCUCCGUACUCACACGGGUGAAAAGCCAUAUCAGUGUACACAAUGUGGAAAGUCGUUUAACCAGCCUGGUAGCCUGACCAUGCACCUCCGUACUCACACGGGUGAAAAGCCAUAUCAGUGUACACAAUGUGGAAAGUCGUUUAACCACUCUGGUAGCCUGACCAUGCACCUCCGUACUCACACGGGUGAAAAGCCAUAUCAGUGUACACAAUGUGGAAAGUCGUUUACCCAGCCUGGUCACCUGACCAUGCACCUCCGUACUCACACGGGUGAAAAGCCAUAUCAGUGUACACAAUGUGGAAAGUCGUUUACCCAGCCUGGUAGCCUGACCAUGCACCUCCGUACGCACACGGGUGAAAAGCUAUAUAAGUGUACACGAUGA